UUUUCUCCCCAUGCAGGUUGGCCUCCGGACGUGCACGGCGGUUGGUUCCGCUGCCCUGCGUGGCGCCUCCCGUCGGGCCUGGCCCUGGGCCCUUCCCACUAUGCUGAGAGUGGACUGGGAGUGUGGUGUGUUGGGCGCGCCCUGCAGCCAGGGAUGCGGCUGCGCCUGAUUGGGCCGCGGGAAGAGGAGGAAAAGGAAGCCGCUACCUCGGUGGUGAGCAACAAGCGAAGUUAGACAUUUCCAUCAUCCUGGGGGAAAGAGCCUUGUGUUUGUGACAGAAUACCCAGCUGGAGGAGGAACAUACGGCCAUUUCUAUUGAAAAUGAAACUGGACUACAAAGCAAUCUCAGUCUUUAUCACAAGUUCUGUAAUACAGUGAUCAUCUAAUUGUUUCUUCAUUUGAACAGGUCAGGUUUCAGCGAACAGUGAUGUGGGUUACUUUCUUUUCAUAUGAAAAACGGAAUUUGGACAGAGCAAUCAGAUGACACUCCAUUGCAUGGCUCGGACUGUCUGUUCACUAAGUAAUCUAAAUCUACUGCUAUCCAGCAUUUUUUUUCUUACUACUCUGUCUUAAGGUGGGAGAAGAUCUCUGACCAUUUCAAUAGUUGUCUGUGUUUUAUAAUGACCAAAUAACAACUGGCAGUAGCAUGGAACUUUUAUGUUUUAGACUUUUAUGUUUAUAAAAAACUUUUAAUAUUAUGGCCAUUGAUAAAUGGGGUCUUUUUGCUCAGUAAACAAUUGCACUGCACUGCAUUGCACUAAAUGCUUUAGUGACAGCUACCUUUCCGUAAUUUUUUGCUGAUCAGCUCCUCUGUGGAGUUUUUCCUCUCACCCUGCAACAUUUUCCUGAUGCUACGGAGAAGCAAAUGCAAGGCAAGUACAAAGGAAAACAACUAGGAUGAAAUUUUGGGGAAAGAAUGUUAUAGAGCAGCCUUCUCCAACCCUGUGCCUUCCAGACACAUUUGGACUGCAACACCCAGAAUUCCCAGUCAAUGGCCCUGCUGGAUGGAAAUCCUGGGAGUUGCAGUCCAAAUGCCUCUGAAGGCCACCCAGUUGGAGAAAGGUUCUGUUCCAAGUUUGUAAAGCAAUCUCAGAAAAGUAGUCAUGGGGAACUUACUAUGGCAGCUGCAAGCAGUGAAAAGCGAAAAUCUGCCUUCAGAUCCCCCUUCCCGAGAGUCAUCGAAGUGUCUGUAGCCUUGACAGGAGAAGUCUGCAAUAUUCUGCAGUUCCUGAUAUGCUCUUUGAGGAGCGAUAGGAUUGCUUUGCCUUUCAGGGGAGAAGUGAAUUUGCCAAAUUAAUGUCACAAAAUAAUGCCAUAAAGAAGAAAAAAUAAUGGGACUCAUAGAACAACUUUAGGUAUAAGUAGUUGCCAUGGGGAUCUACAGAGAAGGCAGGAAGCUGGGAAGAAUGGAACACAUCUCUCAGCCUGUCUGCUGGAGUCAAUAGCAAGAACACCUCUCAUUUCAAUGCCUUUAGGGGAUGUUUCAUUUACCAUUUUCAUAUAUAACUUCCAUAUAGUGUGACGUGCCAGAUCCUGCCUAAUUUUGGAGGCUAAGUAGGGUCAGGUCUGGUUGAAUUCUGGAUGGGUGAUUUAAAUGUUUUGAACCUCCUAGAGAGCUUCAGCUACAGGCAGUAUAGAAAUGUAAUGUUGUAAUAAUCAUAGUAUAAUAAUUUUAAGUAUUUCUCAGUAAAAUAAAGGACAGAAAUUCUCACCCUCAAAAAACUUUGGUCUGCAACACGCAGAAUUCCCAGUGAAUGGCCCUGCUGAAUGGGAAUUCGGGGAGUUGCAGUCCAAAUGUCUCUGGAGGCCACCAGGUUGGAAUGCUAAGCAGGAAACCAAAUCUCAUGCUGUGCAGCUGUGGUCAUUAUCAAGAAUCCCUUAGAAGGAUUCCUCCAUUCCAUUCAUCUACUUGCUUCCACUCAUGCUUGCUUUUACAUUAUUGUAAUUAUUGUAUACAAGAAGCGCAAAAUGCCUUAUAAGCAUCUCUCCAUUUAAACUCAUAACAACCAUCCUCUGAUGUAAGUUAGGUAAAGUCCGUGACAGGCCCAAGGUCAGCCAGUGGGCUUCCUUGCUGAGGAGGAAGUAAAACCUGGAUCUCCUAGGUGCCAAUCUAACACUGUAACUGCUAGACUAUACAGGCCCUUGACCACACGUUAGGGAAAAAUUGCUUGUUGAUAAAGAGAAGUAACAAGUUUCUAAUUUCUCUAUCUUUCAUGAAAAGCAAUUUGGUUAGUCUUGUAACUCACAUUUCCUUCAACAUCCCUUUACUGGCUACAUAUUUGAAGCCAUGCAAUAAAUAGGUGUUAUGUUUUCUGGCUUAGGACAAGAAGGCAUCACUACAAAACAAAGCUGUUGUGUGAAAGCAGGGCAUCAAGUUCUUGCCAUUGAAUUAGCAUUCGGAGAGCUUCAGCUUUACUUUUAAAAACAAGUUUCUUGCCUUCCUGAAUAUUAAGAGAAAUGACGGGGGCCGGGGUGUGGUGAGAAAACUAAGCUUUGGUUCUUGUUAUAGCUUCCUGCUUUCUUUACUUCCCUUCAGUGGUAUUCCCUGUCUGCACCAAUGCUGUGUUUAUGCUGCUGUGCUUCUGUAUAUUAUUACAGAAGUGCAAUACAGUUGUGCAAGAUAAGCAAUUGUAAAAUUUGGCUUUUUUGGAUAAGAAUGUGAAUUUGAAACAUGAACCUCCUUUCUAAGGAUGGUUAAGUUCUCCUUAUGACGAUUUGUGUAUAGUAACACACAGUUGUACCUCUCACUGCAUAAAAGGGAGAGCUGAAAUGUGAGCACAAUUUAUGCUUCUGGUUGUCCUAUUGAAACAGCUCUGUAAUACGGCAGACCUCAAAUGAGCAGAUAUUGUCUCUAAUCUUUUAUUAGAGUAUUUAGAUUCCUUGCUUCCAUCUGAAAAGGAACUUCAGAGUCGAUCAUACUUCUUUAAAGACAGCAACCCAGACUUAUUGACACAGAAGAAAAACAAAUUGUCUGGUGAAGCAAAGCAAGGAUGAAACUGAAGCAAAUGUCUCAUUCAUAUGGAUCAAUGGGGAGCUCCACAUCCAAGUAUGUCGUUUCCUUGCUGCUGGCACUGAAUUGCUGUACUGGUUAGCAGAGUCCCAAGCUAGUCCUGCCUGCUUGGAAAAGAAAGCACCAGCAAGAAUAUCAGAUGGGGUACUUGUCACAAAGAAAAAAAGGCUACAAGGACCACCAGUGGUGGCCAUGACUGAGACCACAAGCAUAGAAGCAGAGGCACCGCUGCAGCAAGAAGAUGCUUCCCUAGACAGAAAUGAAGUAGCUCCCUUUGCAGGUGUUCCUAGUAUUCCCAAGGUUGGGGAGCAGAAAGCCAGAGCUCACUGUGUUUCCAUGUUGAAUAAGAAGCUGCCAACCAAACAGUCCUUUGGAUCAGGCAACAGCCAUAAGAAAAAGGAUACAGAUUGGUCCCUGAAGGAGGUCAGAGCACAAACUAGAGAGUCCCAGCCACUUGUGAGCCUCCCCAUAGUUAAGGAUGAUGGAGGCAAAGAAGAUGCUCAGACAGAGCAAGUGAGUAAAACAGUGGAGGAGGCAAAAUUGACUGAAACUUGUUCACAGCCACUCCAGGCCAGUACUGUUUGCCUCAGUGCUCAUUUGGCUGACAAGGUACAAGUGCUGAAGGUGCAGUCUGGUGUUGAUAAAACUCCCAGGGAACAUGGCACCUUUGCAACCAGGGACAGGGUGGAGAAGCAAUGGGACAAACCCAAGCCAGAGAAACAGCCUCAUAGCCACACGAGUGGCACUCCACAGCAAAGGGAAUCAGGAAGUGAGCGACGAUACCAAUGUGAGGAGUGUGGCAAAGCCUUCCUGCAGCUUUGCCACCUGAAGAAGCAUCGCUUUGUCCACACAGAUCACAAGCCCUUCCUAUGCACAGAAUGUGGAAAGAGCUAUAGCUCAGAAGAAAGCUUCAAAGCACACAUACUGGGCCACAGAGGGGUGCGGCCCUUCCCCUGCCCCCAGUGCCACAAGACUUAUGGCACCAAACGUGACCUUCAAGAACACCAGGUGCUGCACACAGGCCAGCGCCCUUUUGCUUGCCCAGAUUGUGGGAAAUCCUUUGCCCGCCGUCCCUCUCUUCGUAUUCAUCGCAAAACACACCAGGCCAAGGAGCCCAGCCCUUCUGCCACAGCUGCCUGCCAGUGUGUGAUCUGCGGCCGGCAUCUGGCUAACCCUGGGUCACUGCGCAACCAUAUGCGGUUGCACACUGGGGAACGUCCCUACACUUGCUCCUACUGUCCCAAGACUUUCCGCCAGCAAGGCAAUCUGCGUGGACAUCUUCGACUGCAUACAGGGGAACGCCCUUACCGCUGCCACUUCUGUGGGGAUGCCUUCCCACAGCGUCCAGAGCUGCGUCGCCACCUGAUCUCCCACACAGGUGAGGCUCAUCUGUGCACAGUUUGUGGGAAAGCCCUGCGUGACCCCCACACAUUACGGGCUCAUGAGCGUCUGCACACAGGGGAGCGGCCAUUUCACUGCCAUUUGUGCCCGAAAUCUUACCCUCUAGCCACUAAGCUGCGGCGCCACCAAAAAGCCCACCAUGGUGAUAAACCUCACCAGUGCACCAUAUGUGGGAUGGGCUAUGCCCUUCCCCAGAGCCUCCAACGCCACCAGCUUGAACACAAAGGAAAGCUAGACAGGGAUCCGUCCAAACCAGGAGCAAAACACCCCCAGGAGCUGCUAGCUUCAGAGCAGCCUGCAGUGCUAGUGAUGCGCUCUGUGAAUGUGCAGUCCCCUGACAACAAAACGGAUCUCCUCAUCACCAGUAAUGGACACUACGUUGCUUCACAACAGAGCUCUUCUCGAUGCAAGGAUGUCAUUGAAAUUGCUCUCUCGGAUGCUGAGGAAGAAUGUAUCAUUGUGCAGGAGCAGGGCUCCUCCAAUGACAUGUUCAUUAUUCAGGAAGGUGUUGGUUUUAGCACAGUGGCUGAGGUAGUUGAGGUAGAGGUAGGAACAUGACUGCCAGUCUUUUAAGAGAUAGAUUGCUGAAUGUGUUCUCUUUGUGCUUAGGAGAAGCAAGGAGGGUCAAGAAAUACAUGCUUGGGUUGUUUAGAAGUAUAGAAAGUCAGGGAAAAAUGAGGUGACAUUUAGCCAGGACUCUGGCCAGAUUCCUUAUACCAUCACAAUUUGCAAAGAACAGGUGAUAAGUUCUGCCUAAGAGACCAGAAGAUGUUCUUGGAAGAAGACCUUCUCUGUGCAUAAUUUUAUUGCUAUCAAAACUUAUUUCCAACUGAUCCAGUGCCAAGGUGGUUCUGGGUCUGUCAGCGCAUCACACGAGAUGUGGCAGCACUCAAAAAAUUAUGUGCAUGAGCACUAUUCAUGUGCUUCAGCCAGAUCCUAUGGGCGGUUCAUAGAACAGUUAUAUGUUUCCAUGUUGCACUGCAGGUGCUGCUAUGGGAACAACCUGUGCAAUCAAAUGGUUUUCUAGCUACCAAGGCAGCAUGUGGGUUUUGCCUGAAUCAACCCACAUUGCUGUCUGGAUAAGUGUGGACCAGAGUUAACUGCUUAAAGCUUUGCUUUUAUGAUCAAGUAAUCACUGGAUCUACCAUAAGAGCAUAUCUAGCUCUUUACUGUCUUAUGCUCGAGUAAAAUGGUGUAAGUGCUGCUGGCCCAAUAACCACUAAAAUUUCCUGACCUUGUCUCAAUCAGAGAAUUCGGUUUUUGCAUUUAUCAAGCAAGUCCAGGUAGCAAGGAAUGGUAUUUCAAGGGGUUUCAAAAUGAGAUCAAGGUAAAAAUGACUGAUUGACCCCAAACAUGCAAAUAAGACAAAUACAUGUCUCCCAUUUAGGGGUUACAGAACCUUCAUCAGACUUAGAUCAGUUAAGUCAAAAUAAAAGCUCACUGCCAAAUUUGACAACUGUAUGUUGAGUCAAUAGCAGCAACUGUCAGUCGCUGAAUUGAACCUCUUCAGAUUUCUGGUAAAAGAAAUGAUGAAAGAUUUCACUCACAUAUCAUUAAACAAUUGGGGUGGAUAGAGCUUUACUGUGUCUCUGCAUUUCAUAGUAGAAAAUGGAAGAAUUAUUACACUGAUAAUUAGCCCUCCUUAGAUUUGUCUCAUUUUGCCUUUGUUUGCCAUUGUUACUUCCUUGAGCUGUUUCUUAAUUGUGAAAAUCCAGAACUCUCUGUUUUGAAACUCACUACAGAACUAUUCAGAAUUUGACCUUCUUCCAUACACGUUGAACUUGAAUACAGGGGAAGGGUUGUUGUAGUGACUAUUAAAGUUCACAAGGCAGCAUUUGAUUCCCUUACAUGUAGCCUGAUGGGGUACAGUCCAUCAAAAGAUCAUGUAGGUCUGCCAACAUCUUGUUAGAAAACCAGUUUGGAGGGGCAUGUGUGUGCAAAAUAUAUAGCUCAAGGAUGGCAGUGGCAAAUGCUUCCACACAUGUAUGUGAAAGUUGCAGACUUAAGACCUCAGGUCCACAAUUAUACACUCAAUAAAACAUAUACAAGCAA